GUCUCCAAAAUUCCGAAUCCUGUAUAGCCGACGGCACGCUUUUCUGAUUCCAAUUCCAAUUUUGUAAGGUUGUCUAUCUCCCUCUCUCUAUCUACACACAAACACACAUACAUAUGGUGUAUAUAUCCUUUAUUAUUCGAUUCAAUUAAAUUCUAAGAAAUUAAAUUUCUCCUCAAGGAAGAGAAGAAUGUUUAGCAAGAUCGUAGAAGAGAAGGCUCUGUACAUGGUUGUUGAUGGUGGUAACAUCUACAUAGAUGGUAAAAAGAUAAAUUGUCGUUACGCUUUUUACCGCAUAGAUCUGGAUGCCAAGUCGCUAAGUUAUCGGAGCAGCUCAACUGAUCAAGAUUAUUCUCUGCUGAAUGAGCCGGUGCUCCUUUUGGGAGUUGAAUUUCCCCGUGGUAUGGUUUUUUUCUCUUUCGGAUCCAAGAUUUAUAUGUUAGGUUCCAGGGAUUUGGUAAGAAGGUCUUGUAGUGUGUUUGUAUAUGAUACUGUUUCUGGUGAAUUGGGAGCUGCAAAUCAACAUUUGCGAACUCCAAAGAACGCACCCAUCGUCAUUCAGCCCGUGAAGCCCUUUGAUGACAGGGUUUUUGUUCUGAGUGAAGAUUUGUGUGGUCAUGAUUUAGAGGUUUUCUACCCUGGUGAUGAAGACUCAUCUUGGACAUUUAUUGGUGCUCCUUCCUGCUUCAUUUUACAACAGUAUUGUCGUGUUGUAUCUCAUGCAACUGCGUUGGACGGUUUUCUUCUCUUAAUGAAAACCAAUGUCGUAUUUUACUAUAACAUGCAUAAGAAUAUCUGGAGGAUCGUGAUUCCCCAAUCACCCAAUUUCUUAUUCCUACAACCUCGUGUGUUUGCUCAUGACAUGGCUAUGUGGUUUCACUUUUGCAAUGAUUCUUUCCUGUGCGGUUAUCAUGUUGACUCCAACAUUGGGAAAUUGCCACUCCUGUACCUCGAUGAUGCUCCUGCCUCUGUUCGUUCUCACCGGAAGAAUAAUCUCCUUUAUUUGGGUGACUCCAUGUUUUGCCUGGUGCGGUCAGGCUUUGAUAGGUUUGUUGAUCCGGGGCCUCCUAAUUGGAGGAGUACCUCUGAUCGCUUACCCUGCCAUCAUGCAGUGGCAACCCUGUUUCAAGUGGAUCCCUUUGCCAACGCCAUCUUAGAGCAGCGUUCUUAUCAGAUUUUGAAAGUCCAAGACGUAUUUUAUUCUAUGGCCAAUGUUUGCGCUUGCUUUGUCAUAUAAUAGGUGUAGAUGAACUCAGAUCCUCUUUCUGAAGGUUGAAGAAUGGGCACAUUAUUACAAGAAUAGGCCCUUGAGGGCCACUUGCUGAGAUGGCAUUACUUCAUCAAGUUAUGAAAGAUUACUGUAAUGGUGAGCGUAGCAACGGUUGACUUGAGAAACGAAAAUUUAAUGAUGUAUUAAUGUUUGAUGAACUCGUAUUUGCUAGGCUUUACCCUUGAGUAAUGAUCCUGAACCGCUAUGUCUGUUGGAUGACUCAUAUUUGGUA